UAUGAUCAAAAUCAUCAAAUGGUACCUUCUAUAUAUCCUCCAAAACAUGUAUUUUCAUUUACUUUCCAUUUUGUCUCCUCUUCCAAUCCUAUUGGAACCACCAUUCCAAUCCAACUCCCGCAUGCCCCAUGAUUUGCUCUACUCCCAUCUCUACAUCUACCAUUUUCCAUCUCCUCAUAUAUAAAUUAGCCUUAUAAUCGUUUUUUCAUUUUAAUCACAAACCCCAAAGUCCUCUACCAAACCCACCAUAGCUUAGCCACAACAUGGAGGCCAAUCCUUCUCACACUACAACCCCUCAUCUUGAUCAUGCUCUACAAACUCCCUUGCUGAACCAUCCAUCAAGAGUGAACAAUAUUAGUCAUAGACCAUCAAGGGGUAUCUUUGUGAUACUUCUUUCCAUUGUUUUUCUAGUGUCAUUGGUUGCAUUGAUCAUGAUUCAGGGCCAAAACUACAUGGAAAAUUUGGAGAAUAGCAACAUAGAAAUUACCCUUUUUUCUAACAUCUCUAAGCAAGAAUUGCCUAGAGGAGCGGCUCAAGGGGUUUCAGCCAAGUCCAACCCACCCCUUUUCCACAAAGUUUCAUAUAAUUGGACCAACGCCAUGUUUUCUUGGCAAAGAACAGCUUUUCAUUUUCAACCACAAAAUAAUUGGAUGAAUGAUCCUGAUGGUCCAUUGUUUCACAUGGGGUGGUACCAUUUAUUUUACCAAUAUAAUCCUGAUUCAGCUAUAUGGGGCAACAUUUCAUGGGGUCAUGCUGUAUCAAGGGACAUGAUUCACUGGUUCUACCUUCCCAUUGCCAUGGGACCUGACACGUGGUACGAUAUCAACGGUGUAUGGACCGGGUCCGCCACGAUUCUUCCAGGUGGCAAAAUCAUAAUACUCUACACAGGUGACACCAAUGAAUAUGUGCAAGUGCAAAACCUUGCAUACCCUGCCAAUCUAUCUGAUCCCCUUCUCCUUGAUUGGGUCAAGUAUGCGGGUAACCCGGUCCUAGUGCCCCCACCCGGUAUCGGCCCGAAGGAUUUUCGUGACCCAACCACGGGUUGGAUCGGGCCGGAUGGAAAGUGGAGGGUCGCAAUUGGGUCAAAGAAAGGAAAAAAAGGCAUUUCAUUGGUUUACACAACCACAGAUUUUGUCAAUUUUGAGUCCAAUGAUCACUACUUACAUGCGGUUCCGGGUACGGGUAUGUGGGAGUGUGUGGACUUUUACCCAGUUUCAAUAAGCGGGUCAAGGGGUUUGGAUACAUCAGAAAAUGAGCCAAAUGUUAAGCAUGUGCUAAAGGCUAGCAUGGAUGAAACAAGGGUGGAUCAUUAUGCACUUGGGACCUAUUUUAUUGAAAAUGAUACAUGGGUGCCCGAUAACCCACUUGAGGAUGUGGGUAUUGGGUUGGUUUUGGACUAUGGGAGAUACUAUGCUUCAAAGACUUUCUAUGAUCCAGAGAAAGAGAGGAGGAUCCUGUGGGGUUGGAUUAAUGAAACGGAUACAGAAAGUGAUGACUUGAGAAAGGGUUGGGCUUCUCUUCAGACAAUUCCGAGAACAGUGCUGUUUGACAGCAAGACUGGGACUAAUUUGCUUCUGUGGCCAGUAGAGGAAGUAGAAAGCUUAAGACUAAGCAGUGAUGAAUUUGAAGGAGUGGUGGUUAAGCCUGGAUCUGUUGUGCCACUGAACAUAAGCCUAGCAACACAGUUGGACAUGUUUGCUGAAUUUGAGAUUGAAACAUUGGAAUCCAAAAGCAUUGGCAAGAACAACAUAGGUUGUGGAAGUGGUGGUGCCACAAACAGAAGUGCUUUUGGACCAUUUGGUCUUUUAGCCAUUGCAGAUGACACACUUUCAGAACAAACCCCAAUUUAUUUUCGCCUUUCUAAUACUACCCUUGGUAGUUCAACCACUUUUUUUUGUGUUGAUGAAACAAGAUCAUCCAAGGCUGCUGAUGUUGCAAAGCCAAUUUAUGGAAGCAAAGUUCCAGUCCUUAGUGAUGAAAAAUUAUCAAUGAGGGUGUUGGUUGACCAUUCAAUUAUUGAGAGCUUUGCUCAAGGAGGGAGAACUGUGAUCACAAGUAGAGUUUACCCAACGGAAGCAAUAUAUGGAGCUGCAAGAUUAUUUCUAUUCAACAAUGCAACUGGCAUAAACAUUAAGGCCACCCUAAAGAUUUGGCAAUUGAGCUCUGCUUUUAUACGCCCCUUUCCCUUUGAUCAAAGUCAAUAAGGAGUGUUUAAACUAUACGAUGUACUUUUUAAUUUGCAUCCUACUCAGCUAUAUUCCUCUUUUUUUUUGUUUGUUUAUUAUUAUGAAUAAUUCAUGUAUUGCUAUUGCCAUAUAUAUAGAGAGCAACAAGCAUUCAUGAAGUUGAUGAAUUUUGGUUCAAUAA